GUGUAAACACUGCCACCGCCUGCCCCUGCGAAAAAAACCGCAGCGUGGCAUCUUCCCAAAGCAUAUCCUAACCUUCAGAAGAAAACAGCGGCACUUCGAUUUUGCUUCCCAAUCGCCCACCGCCACGUUGACACAAAUGACACCCUUAGAUGACGUGGCGUACUAUCAUUUGUUGCCUGCACUCCCGUCAUCCACGUGUGACGUUAACGGCGAAUGGGGGAAGUGAAAGUCCCCGCCCGCCGUCAGAACCAAUGAACAAAAGUCCUGCUAUAAAACCUCUUUCACCACUCUCGCACUCUCUUUUCUCUCAGUCCACCAACAGCGCCCUCCUCUCCGUCUCGUGCUCCGGCCAUGGCGAACCCUAAUUCGCUCUGCUUGAUCCUCCUCCUAUCUUCUCUCGCCCUCGCCUCUGCCACCGUCUUCUUCGAAGAGAAAUUCGAAGAUGGAUGGGAAAAGAGAUGGGUUAAAUCCGACUGGAAGAAAGAUGAGAACAUGGCUGGGGAGUGGAACUACACCGCAGGAAAGUGGAAUGGCAACGUUGAUGACAAAGGUAUCCAGACAAGCGAAGACUACAGGUUCUAUGCUAUUUCAGCAGAGUAUCCGGAAUUCAGCAACAAGGAAAAAACCCUAGUCUUUCAAUUCUCUGUCAAGCACGAGCAGAAGCUUGACUGUGGAGGUGGGUACAUGAAGCUGAUGAGUGGUGACGUCGACCAGACUAAGUUCGGUGGUGACACUCCAUACAGUAUUAUGUUUGGACCUGAUAUCUGUGGCUACAGUACCAAGAAAGUCCAUGCUAUUCUGACUUACAAUGGAACAAACCACUUGAUCAAGAAGGAAGUUCCCUGCGAGACUGACCAACUCUCGCAUGUUUACACGUUUAUCAUUCGCCCUGAUGCUACUUACAGCAUUCUGAUUGACAAUGUGGAGAAGCAAACUGGCAGCUUGUACUCCGACUGGAGCCUUCUUCCUCCCAAGACAAUCAAGGAUCCUGAAGCUAAGAAGCCUGAGGAUUGGGAUGAUAAGGAGUACAUUGAUGAUCCUGAGGACAAGAAGCCAGAGGGAUAUGAUGACAUCCCUAAGGAGAUUCCCGAUACCGAGGCCACCAAGCCUGAAGAUUGGGAUGAUGAGGAAGAUGGUGAGUGGACUGCCCCAACUAUUCCCAACCCUGAGUACAAGGGUCCAUGGAACGCAAAGAAAAUCAAGAACCCCAACUACAAGGGCAAGUGGAAGGCUCCGAUGAUUGACAACCCAGAUUUCAAGGACGAUCCAGAGAUCUAUGUUUUCCCCAACUUGAAGUAUGUGGGAAUUGAGUUGUGGCAGGUGAAAUCUGGAACCCUGUUUGACAAUGUCUUGAUCUGCGACGAUCCUGAAUACGCCAAGAAGUUGGCUGAAGAAACAUGGGCGAAGAACAAAGAUGCUGAGAAGGCAGCAUUCGACGAAGCUGAAAAGAAGAGAGAGGAAGAGGAAUCGUCCAAGGACGACCCUGCUGAUUCUGAUGCUGAGGAUGAUGAUGCCGAAGAUGACGACACAGAAGAUGACUCCGACCUCAAAGCCGAGGCAGCAGAGAGUGAUGACGAUGUCAAGGAUGAAGAACUACAUGACGAGCUUUAGGAAGAAAAGAAGAAAGCAAAGCAGAGAGAGCAAGUCCAUGCUAGUUGAGACAUUUUUCAGUGCUAUUUGUUUUUUGGGUUGUUAUAGUUGUAGAAUCCGAGGGAUUUUAACUAGAGAGGGGGGAACUAUCGAGGAAUAGAACUGGCAGGCAAGAGCAUUGGAAUGAUUCCUUUUGAGACGUUUAGCGUAAUAGCGUUACAUUUUUAACUAGCUCUCGGAGCUCUCAUUUCGAAAGAAGAAAAAAUCGGAAGAGGACUUUGUUGCCGUUAAUUCUCUCUUUACGUGCCUCGAAAUUUGAAUUAGAAGGGGCAACUCCCAAUUCCCAAACCCUCCAUCCCCAGCGCUUCAAUCUACUUGAUUGUCGAUUCAAAACUGACCUUUUCCAGUGUCACAUCCUGGGAGAAAGAAUAGUCUUGGCGAGUUGUUGGGUUACAGAGAAAGAGUAAGAAAGGGAAAGAAAGCUG